GCCUGGCGGCCGCGGGGCGGUUCCGGGGCGGCGGCACCGGCGGCACCGGCGCAUGGCGGCGCUUCCGCUGGGGGCGGCGCGGCGGCACCAUGAACUACAUGCCUGGCACAGCCAGCCUCAUCCAGGACAUCGACAAGAAGCACCUGGUCCUGCUGCGGGACGGCCGGACGCUCAUCGGGUACCUGCGCAGCAUCGACCAGUUCGCAAACUUGGUGUUGCACCAGACUGUGGAGCGCAUCCAUGUGGGCAAGAAGUAUGGGGACAUCCCUCGAGGCAUCUUCGUUGUGAGAGGAGAGAACGUGGUUCUGCUGGGGGAAAUAGACCUGGAGAAGGAGAGCGACACCCCUCUGCAGCAGGUCUCCAUUGAGGAGAUCCUGGAGGAGCAGCGGGUGGAGCAGCAGGCCAAGCAGGAGUCGGAGAAGCUGAAGAUGCAGGCGCUGAAGGAGCGAGGCCUCUCAGUGCCGCGGGCAGACACCCUGGACGAGUACUGAGCCUGCUGCCACUCACACCCUUCCUCUGUGGCACAGUGAGGGGUGCCCUGUGCCCCCGUGGAAUUAGGGGAGGGGCUGGAUUUUCAGGUUGUGUUUUCUGUGCACGGAUCACUGUUCACAUCCCAUGCCUUCGGUUCCUCCUGCUGGAGGAGGAGGAGGGCUGAGGGCUCUGGGCUGGCUGUGGAGGCAGCCGGGCACGCCAGGGAGUGCCAGCAGUUGUGUUCAGGAGGCAAAUCUCCUGCUCCUUUGGGUUCUUUGCUUUUUCCUCCUCAGGUGACUCUGGGUGAGAGUUUUCCUUGCCAUGUAAAUAAAUACUUGAUCUCCACA